CUGAAGCGGACUCCGGUUCCGGUAAAUCCGGGUCACGUGUCCAGCCGGCUCGGUUUGGCUCGGAGCUUCAUGUCACCGACAGACCGGAAACGUCCUCCAUGUGAUCACCUGUCCGGAGACUACAGUUGAAGAUGUUGGCGGUGAGGUGCAUCAUGGGUGAUCUGCGUGUUGGAGGACGUCUCCUGACCCGGGUCCAGCUGGGUCCGGUCCAGACGGCCUCGCCGAGUCAUCAGGUCAGACGUCUUCGUGGUCCUCAGCUGACUCAGCGCCGCUUCCGGUCCGGUCCGGACCCGGCUGGUUCUGGCAGGCUGAAGCUGAGGACCCGUGUGCUGGUCACGCUGCUGCUGGGCGGCGGGCUGCUCGGCGCCGGGUGGUGGGUGGAGCAGGAGAAGCAGCAGAAGCUGCGGCGGCAGCGGGUGGAGCAGCUGAAGCAGGUGGCGCUGGGUCAGGGGAACUUCAGCCUCCUGGACCACAGCGGGCAGCGCCGCACCAAGCAGGACUUCCUGGGCCGCUGGGUUCUGCUGUACUUCGGCUUCACGCACUGCCCCGACAUCUGCCCUGACGAGCUGGACAAGCUGAGCGCCGUGGUGUCCGAGCUGGACCGGGACGCCUCGCUGCCGCCCGUCCUGCCCGUCUUCAUCACCGUGGACCCGGAGAGGGACGACGUGCCGGCGCUGGCCCGCUACGUCAAAGACUUCCACCCCCGUCUGAUUGGACUGACGGGCACGCCGGAGGAGGUGAAAGAGGCGGGGCGGGACUACAGAGUGUACGCCAGCGCCGGGCCCAAGGACGAGGACGGGGACUACAUCGUGGAUCACACCAUCCUCAUCUACCUCGUCAGUCCGGACGGGCUGUUCCUCGACUACUACAACAGGAUGAAGAACCAGAACCAGAUCACAGAGAGCGUUCGGAACCACAUCCAGAACUACGUCAGACUCUGAACCAGAACUCAGACCCAGCUGAACCAGAACUGAGACCCAGCUGAACCAGAACUCAGACCCAGCUGAACCAGAACUGAGACCCACGGCAUUUUUUCAGUGAAUGUGAACAGUUCAGGAGGUUCUGGUUCUGGUUGACUGAAGUGACCCGUCAGCUGCUGGACGGGCUGAACUGUUCUGACUGUUUGAUGCUGAACUGACGUUAAAUCAAGUUUAUGAUCAAAUUAAAGUUUGUGUGUGUCAGUG